UUUUUUUUCUUUCAUCUCACAUUCUCUGACUCACUUUCCUCUUCCCGAACUUCUCCAUUCUUUAUUCUGACUCUCAUUUCAACACUUUGCUUCACACAUUUACAUACAACACACUUACAUAUACCUCUGACUUCCCCUUUCCAAAUGGCUUCCUCAAGCCCGCGUCAUGUCUCGGAGCAAAAGUCGACUGCAUGGUCAACUUCAUUUGUCAUCGAUCCUUCAGACCGCUACCGACACCAUUCCAAACUUGCACCGGGCCCAGCUCCUUUUCGUCCUCCUUCUCUUGGUGAAAGUGAUCGUGAAACAGACGAGGAUGCUCUUGUCCCAUCCCUUCCCUCGAAACCUGCGUCGAAAUCCUUCUGGGACGAUGCCUUCGCCAGCAGCACCCCAACUCCUAAACCACCACCUCGUUUAGCUCCCAUGCCUAAAUCUCCUCCUUCUGCUGCUACUGCUCGGUCUCCGCCUCCACCCUCCAUUAUCACUUCCCAACGCACCACAAGUACGCCUGUUACACCCAUUCUCGCCCCUGGCGACUCCCUUGAUAUGUUAGGAUCCAAAUACAAAUCCAGAUACGCUUCAGCCCACAAUGCUCACAUUCGCUCGCUCUCGCACAGUCAGCAACAUUCCAGCAACCAUGGUGGCAACAUCUUCUCCGUCGCCCCAGAAAUGUCUGCUUUUCCCAAAGCAGCAGGUGGCUCGCCCAGUCUAGCCUCGCUCUCGACAAUGGGCACUGAAGAUAGUUUCAGAACUGAUUCUACCCACUCUCAUUUAGAUCCGGUUGAUAUCGGCUCAUCUAUCGCAGUAACCCCGAGCUCAAUUCUCUCCCACGCUUCACCUGUCGCUGUACGAUCAUUCUCUCACCACCACAACAACCACAGUCAUGACCAUAACCAUAACCAUAGUCAUCAUCAUAACCAUCAUCAUGCACGCCAUCCCCACAUCCAAACACAGGCGCUGCCAGAGCUCCAUCGCCAUUACCCCAACCAGAAUCCCUUCCUUACCCCUUCCAGUUCGCAGACUAAUUUGUUCUCAAACCUUCCUUCACCAAUGGCGAGAUCAAGUCUCUCGGUUGGUAAUAUCUUUCGCGACCCCCCUAAUGCACCGUCUGCCUUAUCAACUCAAAGUUGGGUCUCUACGCAGGCCGAUGAGGAUAUGUCCGAGUCAUCUGUAUUGGACACCGGAUCAGAAACUCUUACUUCAGUUGCUGCGCCCAACAGUGCAAGCUCAGCUAUUUCGGCGCCAUCAAGCCAACGAAAAAUCUAUCCGGGACUUAAAAACACCGUUGGUCCAUAUAAGCUACUUCAUAGCAUUGGCCAAGGAAGCUUUUCAGAAGUUAAGAUGGCCGUUGACACCCGAACAGGUGACCACGUUGCAAUCAAAGUGAUGAGCAAGGCCAUGAUCCAGUCAAGCGACCGUUUGGGUAUCAGUGUCCGAAGAGAAUCUGACCUACUCAAGUCUAUUCACCAUCCCAACAUAAUCGGGUUCCGUGAAGUGGUCGAGACUUCACUCCAAACAUGUAUUGUCAUGGAUUAUGCCUCAGGAGGAGAGCUGUUCGAGUAUGUUGCAGAUAAGCGUGCUAAGGCUUCUGAACAGGAUAUACAAUAUAUUUUUGCACAGAUUGUCGAUGCUGUGGAUUACUUGCACCAAAAUAAUAUUGUCCAUAGGGAUCUCAAGUUGGAAAACGUGCUGUUGGAGCCACGAAUGGAUGCUCCUUUACGACCAACUGUCAAGCUAACAGAUUUCGGACUUGCCAAAGUGAUUGAGGCAGAUACACCACUGUUAACGACCCGUUGUGGAUCAGAGGACUAUGCUGCUCCAGAGAUCAUUCUAGGACAACCCUAUGACGGCCGAGAGGCUGACAUUUGGUCCUUGGGCGUCAUGCUCUAUGCACUCUUGGUCGGAUUCCUGCCCUUCAACAUGCGACCGGGAAUGGGCCGCAAGAGUUUCUUGAGUAUGAUUGCUCACGCAGAGUUUGGAUUCCCAGGCGAGAAGGUCUCGAUCAAGCGAGCAAGUCUUUUCAAUCUUCAUCAUAAGCGAUCGUCUUCCACAACCAGCACCGCCUCUAAUGCAUCCUCGAGUGCCGCCACUACCCCAACCAUUCCAACAGCUGCUACAGCUACAGCGAUGAGUGCAGUAAACGGAAAUGAUCCGACAUCUUCCGCAGCAUCUGGAACAUUACUGCCUGCAGCAACGCUAGAGACCCUUUCUAAAGAAGCUCCAGCAGAAGAAGUGGUCAGUACUAUGAUUGUACCUAAAAUGCGAGGUGUAAGUCCAGUAUCAGAUGAGGCCAAGGGAUUAGUGAGAUGGCUUCUUCAAACCGUAGGAUCUAAACGACCCACCUCGCAGGAACUUCGCAAUCAUCCUUGGGUUGUUGCUGGAAGACUUCUUGUUACCAACUCCUAUACUUCUAAUAAGGACUAGGAUUAGAAACCAUUUGAUUUUAAUUAUUGCCAUUAUUACCAUUGCUACAACUUUUUUUUUUUUUUUAUUUUUCU